AUGGAGGACCAGACACCGCUCCAUAUGCAGACAACAGAGUAUAUGGGACUCCAGACAGAGGAGUCGGCAGAUCAGACUGAUAGGAUGUCAAUGGAUCAUACUGGCCCCAUGGAGGAGGCAAUGGGAGGAAUCAGCAACCCCAUGCCGACCUCAGAUCCUGAUAACCCCCAGAACUGGCCCCUACACCGAAAGGUCUAUGUCUCCCUCGUCGCCUUCUCGUUCGCUUUUGCAGUCGCAUUUGGGCUCACGUCGUACACGAUUGGCAUUGGCGAUGUGGUCGCAGAGUUCAACAUCUCAAUGACUCUCGCCAUUGCUCCAUUCUCCCUUUACCUUGUCGGCAUUGCUUUUGCCCCGGUCUACACUCCUCAUGUGACGGAAAGAUUUGGCCGUGCCCCAGUCUACUUUGUCAGUCUGCCAAUCUGCGCCUUGUUUCUCCUUGGCUCCAGUCGAGCUCAGAGUAUUGGAGCCCUGGCCGUCUUGCGAUUCUUCGCUGGACUUGGAGGGGGCCCAUGUCUCGUGCUCAUCGAAGGCACAUUCGCAGAUGUCUGGCCUGCGAGGACUACUGUUACAUACUACUCGGGCUUGACCCUAGCUUCGUAUCUCGGGGCUGCUUUCGGACCCAUCAUUCUCGGGAGCAUCGUCCCAAGCACGUCCUGGCGAUGGACGGCGUAUGUUUCCCUGAUGGUCUGUCUCGCGGCAUACCUCAUCGGCAUCGGCGCUCCAGAGACCUAUGCUCGAGAGAUUGUCCGCACACGAGCUCGACGCGCGGGCAGACCUCAUGAUCUUCCCCCUGCUCAAUCGGGCACCACUCUCCGCCGCAUGGCCCAGCUAACCGUUGUCGACCCCCUGAUCAUGAUAUUUACCGAACCCAUCGUCAUCAUGACGACGCUGUACGUGUCCUUUGUCUUCGGCACCACAUUCCAGUGGUUCAUCGCCGUCCCCGCGGCUCUCAAUUUGACGUAUGGAUUCGGCAUCCGAUCUUCCGGGCUGGCAUUCAUCUCCGCCGUGGUGGGCGCUUUGCUCGCCGCCGGCACGGCGACCGUGAUCGAGCAGUUCCUGAUCCUGUUAAAGAUGCGGCAGUGCAGGGACCAGGAGAUGGUGCAGAUGGAGAUCGAGUACAGGCUCGUCCCCGCGAUGGUCGGCGGAGUUUUGAUGACGGGCGCCUUCUUCUGGGUCGGCUACACGACCGUGCCUUCGAUCAAUCACUUUCUGCCCAUCGUCGGCACAGGCAUCUAUGUUUGGGGGAGUAUGAUGAUUCUGAUAUCCUACAUCUCAUACCUCUUCGACGCCUACCCCGCGACGGGCACGCUCUCGGCGCUCACCGUGGCCGCCAGCCUGCGCCUCCUCGUCGCCGCCGCGAUCCCCCUCGCCAUCAUCCAAAUGAUCACCAACCUGGGCGGCGACUGGGCGUACGGCACCUUUGGCGUCAUCUCCGCCGCAUUGUACCCUAUCAGCAUUGUCGUUUUCAAGUUCGGAGCGAGGCUGCGCAUGAGGAGCAGGUACAGUGGCAGUGGCGGUGAUGGCAGUGGUGGACAUGGUCUUGUGAUGGUCACCCUGCGCACGCAUCAGCGGGUCAAGUCGACGCCCGCGAACGGCAUGGACUCGUCGUGA